AUGAAGUUUGUCUUCUCCAAGAUGUGUGUGACCUACGACAGCUGUGCCAGCUUCUACAUCAGAUCAGGCGGCAUCUCCAAGCCCUCCGUCGGGCCGGGCAUGCGCGUGGAGGUGGAAGGCAAGGAUGGGCUGCGACGCUUCGGCAGCGUGGUGGAGGUGGCGGAAGAGAAGGGCGGGCGGCUGGUGCGCUUGGACUACAUGGGGACUGCGGUCUUCAACAAGUACGACCAGGUGGAGGUGCAAAAAUGUGCUGGAGAUGACGACUCGUGGGUGAGGGGCAAAGUCGUGCACUUCAGGGGACGGGGCCUCUAUGACGUCCAGUAUAAAGAAUCCGGGGACGAGGACACCUACCCGGAGGAUCAGAUUCGCCUGGUCGCCGCUACCACCCCCAACUGCCCCGACUGUGCUUCCGAGAAGAUGCUCUGGGCAGACCAUCAAACAGGGGGCUACGCGUUCGGCUGGACCUGCAACGAGUGCGGGGAGGGGCAGCUGCAGACGGAGCUGGGGUGGUUCCGCUGGUGCUGCAAGGAGCUGCUGCAAUGA